GCCAGAAUCCGUUCGUUGCGGCAGAGCGAGCGAGGUGCUAACAGGAAGGCCAGGAGGGCGGGUGCGCGCGCAGGUCCCUCGGGCGGCGCGGUUCCCCACAUGCCAGAAUCACCGUCGCUUGUUCCGUCCAGCGCCAGUGUUGCCAUCGCCGUCACGGGGAGAGGCCGCUCGUCCAUUCCUUCCCCCUGCGAGUGCUCCCUAAGUCUUUCUGGAUUGUCCCUUGUGUGGAGUAAGGACGUUACGUCAAAGGACACUGUAUUCUCUCGCCUCCUCGUCCCAGCGCGUGGAAAUUCGAGCCCGAUUGAGGGAACGACAGAAGUUUGGGGAGCGCGAGUGAGUGAGUGAGUGUAGUGCACCAGACGAUACGACCAGUUGUUAUUAUUGUGUCCUCAGCCCAGCGUCCCUCCCACCCUCGCCCGCCGCGUGUGGCCGCCGACGUCCGUGCACAGAGAAUCGGAAAGUGAUGUGUGUCACGCAGGGUCCCCGUUCAGCUGUGGAUCCAGCGUAGGGCAGUCGGAAACCUGACGUCGUCUUGCCCUGCCCCAAGUAACCGAUCGGCCGCCCCUACAACAUUGUCCGUCGCCCUCGAGCCUCGCCGCCGACCGGCCUCGGUCACACCCACCAAUCACCGGGUCGACUCGCCUGCAGGAGGCCCAACUGUUGACACUUGGACGUCGGGGCAUCACCUCCAUCUUCAUUAUCCCCGGCGAGAAGUCCCGAGGAAGGAAGCGCGGAGGACGGGGCAGCAAGUGUGAAACCUCCCUUCCUUCAGGCGUCCCCCGCAUCGCAGUCUUCCUGUCAGAGGAACCAGGAGCUUGAGACGCGAAAUUUCCCCUUUUGAGCUGCAGUGGCUGUGCCCCGAGUGCACGUGCCCGCCGAUAACCGCGCCAAAUUCAUUGUUAUCUUCCCGAGUCAUCAUGGAGAGGUCGGAGAUGCUAUCAGGAGUGAACAUGACAGAGUGUGUAAUGUUGCGUGAUGUUGGCGCUAGAGCCUAGGUGCCUCAGUGGCGGCAGGCUUGGUGUUGGAGAAGGGGAGGAGUACAGCCAGCACGAUGGAGGCCCUCACCACCAUCACCAGUCCUCCCACCCAGGGCAGGAGACCCUCUCCACCAACCUCCAUACAGCUGCCCUCAGCAGUGUCUGGGGUGGUGCCUUCUGAAGAAUUUGCUACAGUGCACGGAAGCUCUGGCUUGUCAGCCACGAGAAGACAUCCUCCCCCUCAUGCUCCCAGAAAACAUAGAGCUACACACCAGCGUAACUUGUCACUGGAUUUCAGGUCUAUGGGUAUUGUGCUGCCACCCCUUCCACCAUCUACCUACAGUGGCUCCCACCAGCGGAAUCGCAGUUUAGACUCAGUGUUGCAGCGCAUCCCAGAGGUUGAAGGAGGAGAGACCCCACAACACCCUCCCCCCUCCAAUCCACCACUCAAGCCUAGUCUUUCCUUCACCUUCUCUGAUGCUCCAAGCUUCAAGCUGCGGACAGACCCUUGCCGCACCCGAGCUUUGGUGGCCUCUGCAGUGUGCCAGCCUGUGGUGGUGAAGAGAGGGAAGGACCCCUAUGAUCAGACUAGCCUGGGGUCAGAUGAUUCUGGCAUCUGCAGCUCUGAGGGAGAAACCAGAGAGCCCAGCACUGAGAGAGCGCACAGUGCUGACUGUCUAGAUGCCACAUUUUUUAACUCAGACUGUGAAGUGAAAAGUAUAUACUCAGAAACGCUAGAUGGUGAGAUGAACAUGGAUGACCCAGAGGGUGAUACAGUGAGUGAUGGGGGAGACUUGGGGGACCAGACACUUGUAGAGGACACAGGGGACAUUUCUCCAAGUGACAUUACUGUGAUCGAGAACAUGGAUUCUCCACAAGAAACCGACCAAGGAGACGAGCCACUGGAAUCCCCAGUGGAGAGCCUCGUCGAGGAAACACAAGCUACUAGUGAAUUGCAUACUUGUUCUGCUGAUAAUAAUGAUUCCAACAAAGAAAAUGAAUCCAAAAAAGAGUGCAGAAGUGAUGUGAACAGAAAAGGAAGAGAACCAAGUGAUGAAGGAUUAAGCUGUAGCAGCAGUAGUGGUGCCAGUGCAUUAGUAAAGACGAAAUUGGAUGAAAAACAAUCAUUACUUUUAAGAUUAUUUGAGAGUAAACUCUUUGACAUGUCCAUGGCAGUGUCUUAUCUGUACAAAUGCAAGGAACCCGGGGUGCAGCAGUACAUAGGAAACCGUCUUUUUAGUAUGCCAGCGAGCGAGUCCUACUUCUUCCUGCCCCAGUUGGUAAAUAUGUAUGUGCAGACCUACGAAAUCGCUGAGGUGCUCCAUCCGUUCCUGGUGCAUCUGUGCCGCCAUGAUACCACUUUUGCCCUCCAGUGUGCCUGGCUCUUGGAGGCCUUCUCCACUGACACUGCCCACCAGAGGAAGAAGUCUCACGGCACCAAGUUUAAAAAUCUCAUUCUCUCUGAUGAGCUAAGGCCAAAACAGGAAGGGUUUGUUGACCUAGGCAUUGAACCGAAGGGCAGCCAGCACCGGCCAACUCUCUGCACUAGGAUCAAGGAGCACCCAAGCCCAGGCUCGAACCCAGGGUCUCCUGUGACUGAAUUGCCGCCUCCCUUCACCACCAGAACUACUCUGCCAACCCCCUCAAGAAAGUCGCACCAGCGGUCGCGCUCAGAUGCCACUGUGGCUCUCCAAACUCAUGCCAGUGCUGCUCGGGGACAUAAGCGUACUCCAUCAUCAGGGAGCAUAAAAAAUUGCCUUGGAGACCUUACCUCUGGACGAGCCUUUGAUAACGGCUGCACCUGCUUUGACUCAGAAGAAGCACGGUGCAAUUCUUUACGAGGGAAAACCAUCGAGUGCAGUUGUGGGGCACCAAGACUGUCUCCUGAGCUUGAAUUUGUACGGGCCAUGAUCAGCAUUGGGAAGCGUCUAGGAGCGCAACCCACCAAAGAAGCCAAGACGUCUCGUUUGCUAGCGGAGUUAUCUGUACUGAACUUAAACUUGCCAGCACGUGUGUACCUGCCACUCUGUGCCAGAGAAAUGCCACACCAUAUUGUGCGCAUCCCACCACAAGCGGCUGUUGUCCUAAACUCCAAAGACAAGGCACCUUACAUCAUCUAUGUUGAGGUUCUGGAAGUCGACAAUCUAGAUACUGCAUCAGUGCAAGCCAAGCUCACCCAUAGUCUACGUCACACGCGAUCUGAGGAGAACCUGGUAGAUUCCCCCGCGUCCACAUCCUCAUCACAGUUGGACCUCACAACGACGCCAACAACAACAGCUACCGUCACCACCAGUGGCCUAGGUUCUACUUCAUCCAUACCUUCUUCAUUAAGCUCUCCGCACCUGAACUCAGGCUACGUUGAUGAAUCAGACUGUUGGAGUCAUGAAGAUGAUGAAAUCAGCCAGCAGUACUGCAGACUCAAGAAGCCCAGGGAUCGCGACACCAUCUCAAUGAUGUCCCUUGACUCAUGUGACUCCAGGGAGCUGACUGCAAGGGGAGCAGCAGACAUCCGCAGAAGACUCUCAGAGACGGUCAAUGCCCCCAAGACAGGGUUCAAGAGGGACCCAGAGGAUCCUUCUGCAGCAGCCUUAAAGGAACCCUGGGAGGAUAAGGUUGAACGUAUCCGCGAGAGCUCACCGUAUGGCCAUCUAGCUUCAUGGCGGCUUUUGGCUGUCAUUGUCAAGUGUGGAGAUGACUUGCGACAAGAGCUGUUAGCUUACCAGCUGCUUUGCAUGUUCCAGAAGAUUUGGGCUGAUGAAAAACUUUCCCUUUGGCUCAGACCUUACAAGAUUCUGGUGUUGUCCGAUGACUCAGGUAUGAUCGAACCCAUUGUGAACACCUGCUCCCUGCAUCAGAUCAAGAAGAACAGCAAGAUGUCUAUGCUUGAAUACUUCAUUCAGGAGUUUGGAGAUAAGAAUUCAGAGGAAUUUUUGACUGCACAGAGAAAAUUUGUUGAAUCAUGCGCUGCCUAUUGCCUCAUCUGUUAUAUUAUCCAGGUCAAGGAUAGACAUAACGGAAACAUCCUCCUCGACAACGAAGGCCACAUCAUCCACAUCGAUUUUGGCUUCAUGCUGUCCUCAUCGCCACGUAACCUGGGCUUUGAGUCGUCGCCCUUCAAGCUGACGCAAGAGCUGGUAGAGGUCAUGGGCGGUGAGAACUCAGACAUGUUUGCCUACUUCAAGAUCCUACUGCUGAAGGGCCUCCUAGCAGCUAGGAAACACAGCGAGAAAAUCAUCUCUCUAGUGGAGAUCAUGAGCUCAGGCUCCAAGUUAGCAUGCUUCCGUGCUGGGGCGUCAGUUCUGCCGGCCCUGAAGAACCGCUUCCAUGUCAAUAUGACUGAAGAGCAGAUCCAGGCCCACCUCGACUCCCUUGUCUACAACGCCAUCAACUCCAUCACCACACGGCUCUAUGAUGGAUUUCAGUACUUCACCAAUGGCAUACUCUAGCUUAGGGCUCGGGCUCUGUCCUUGCGCUUUGUGUCGUUCAGGUCUGUUCUAGCCUGGGCUAACCUGGUCUGGUCAAAUAACCUUCGAACCUUUGUCUUGAAAAAGUGCGUGAUGUGAACUCUUGGAACAAACUAACGCAAGAAAGACGAGGAGAGAUGAACUCGCUCGUGGGUUAUGAAUGGGUGAUCAGAGUGAAAUGUGUCUUUUUUUUCCUUUUUUUUUUGUCUUUCCUAUCUCUCUUAUGAUAAAACUGUGUGGUGCUGGAAGCAGAACUCUGCUCAGAAUAUAUAUAUAUAUUUAUCACAGCAUUUUUUUUUUUAAUCUUUAUUUUCUCUUCUUUUUAUAUAUAUAUAUAUAUACUUUAUCGUAAGGCCAAGAAACAUAAUACUUUGGCGAAAUGGAGAUUACUUAGGGUAGUGAAGUGUAAACCGAAUGUGAAUGUGUAAGAAACAAGCACGAUUUACCAAAGACAGGAUCAAGAACUGAAUACUAUGUUAACAGCAAAAGUGUUUAGUGUUCCACAGUUGGAAGUUUCACAAGUUUAUAUCUCAACAACUUUCAAAAAAUUAAGAAAAUUCAGUUGUGUUCAAACACUGAUUCCAUUUACAUGUAUAUUUUCCUGCCUCCCUCAUCCAAACAUGGAAGCUAUGCCACUCUGUUAAGAAGUUUGUAUUAUGUCAUUAUAUCAUACUCUCAAUUAUGAUUUUUGAUUAUUUGCAGCUCAAAUUUACAAUUCAUGGCUUGCACUUUUCAUGAUUUCCCUUCCCCCCAAGAACAAAUUCAGUGAUGAUGAUGAUGAUGAUUAUUGUUAUUGUUAUUAUUAUUAUUAUUACUAUUUUUAUUAUUUUUGUUAUUAUUACUAUUAUUAUUAUUAUUAUUAUUAUUAUUUUUGUAUCUUCAGUUUUGUGCUUUGCAUUUUAUCCUUUUCCAUACUGCAUUCCUGAUCUGCCUGGAGCAUAAGAUUCAGUAUUAUUGUGUCCCUUUCUAGCUGUCCAGCAUUCAGUGUAUUUUUAUAUGACGCAGAAGAACUUUUCUGCUAUUUACACAAAUAAAAAUCCCGAUCAAGGUUCUUCGGAAGAGAAGUAACAAUAUCAUGUUUAAGAAGCUUUAACAACUCACAAGAACCAGGAGUCCAGUUGCUAAGGAAGGCACUGAGCUCUGUGUUAAGUGCCAAGUGAGGGGUGCUGGUUGAAAAGGUGAAAGUUGUGCAGGUAAACUUUUUUUUUUAUAUAUAUAUAUAUAUUAUGACCCUACUUCACUCAUUGCAGCUAACGACUCUGCAGUUUAACUGUCAUGCCACCUUAGGCAAGGAGAACUGAAAGAUUUUCGACGCCGAAUGGCGAGCGUGUCGCCUCACACCUUACACGUUGCUCCAACUAAAUGUCGCCAUACUAUCGUCCUUUAUUUUUUAGACAUCCCUCUCACGUUUUUUUUCCGUCAUCAUAGAGUUCAUUAAUAUAUGUUAAUAUUUAAAGAAAGGUUUUGGCUACUUUAGUGGAGAAUUAGUAAGGUUACCUCCCCCUCUCCUCCAUUGCCUUCCCACAACCUCUCUUUCCCCUCCUGCCCCCUCUCCCUCCCUUCCCCUCCCUCUCCUCCCCCUAGAGACCAACUGCAGCAAGCCAAGGUGACGAAAAACCUUUAACCCAAACUCGCCUGCCUCACCCCCACACCUGUCUCGUCUCGUGUGUCACCAUUCAGUAUGUCGUCCAUUACUCAUAAAAAAAGAUAGGUAGAUCAGACUUUUGUAAUAUUUCAUGAGGCUCUUGUAAUGCCAACAUAUUAUUAUUAUUACCAAUGCAAUGCUUUUUAUCCCAUAAGACUUUCUGCUUGUAUUUGUAUCAUUGUAAGUACUGUACAUAAUGAGUAGCAACUGGAAUAAAGAACCAUGGGUGGAGGCAGCUACGAUUUGAGGCAAAAUCAGUUUUGUAAAGAAUUGACCCAAAUCCUUAUUUACGCUAUACUGCGUUAAUAAAAAAAUAAAGGGAAUCUGUCUAUAAUUAUCACAAGAUUGAUGCUCAUAUGUAAGCAUUACAUCAUAUGGUUCUUUCAUGUUGCCAGCCCAUUCUGUUUCUCAUAUUCAAUAAACUGUUAAUACAG